GGCGGGACGUGGUCGGUGAUCCUGGGCUGUGAUUGGCGUCCCGCUUGGCCUCCGCCCUACGGCCCGGCGAGCCCCAGAGGCGGUGGCUCUCGGGGCGUGGCGCGACGCCCGCUGGCCGCCUCCCCAUUGGCUGAGGGCCGGGCCCCGCCCCUGCCCCUCAGGGGCCCGAGCCCGGUCACUUCCUGCCGCGGAGCCAUGGCGGCACCGGCGGCCGGAGCGAGCGCGGCGAGCGCUGGUGCCGGAGCUGCAGAGGACGCGGCUCAAGCCGCACGGACCCGCAGGCGGUCCGGCCGAUGGCCCGUGGGUGCGGCCGCGCGGAGCGGGGCAAGCUUGAGUGGCCCCGGGCGGGUGCCUGGCGGGGACGAGCGGGCCCCGAGGGCGCCGAGCCGGGCGGCGACUCCGCGGAGCGAAGAUGGGAGGACUCGUGUCGCCGGCGCCGCUGGUGAGCGCCCUGGGGACAUUUUCAGAAGGUCAGCGGCGGGAGCUGAGGGGGCCGGAGAAGUUCCUGGUGCGCCGGCGGGACACCCGCCUGUUAGUACCGCGCGCGGCGGCGGCUCUGUUGGCACCGGACUUCGCGGGGGGUCUAAGAGACACGUGCGCUGCGCAGAAAUCCUGAAGGAACUGGAUGAGUAUUAUGAGAAAUUCAAACGCGAGACAGACGGCGUCCAGAAAAGGAGAGUGCUGCAUUGCAUUCAGAGAGCCCUGAUUCGGAGCCAGGAGCUGGGCGACGAGAAGAUCCAGAUCGUGAGUCAGAUGGUGGAGCUGGUGGAGAACCGGACCAGGCAGGUGGACAGUCAUGUGGAGCUCUUUGAGGCUCAUCAGGAGGUCAAUGACACCACCGGCCACGGCGGCAAAGCCGGCCAGGAUAAGUCCAAGAGUGAGACAAUCACGCAGGCGGAGAAGACCAAUAAUAAGCGGUCUCGGCGACAGCGCAACAACGAGAACCGAGAGAAUGCGGCCAAUAAUCACGACCACGAUGACAUCACCUCCGGGACACCUAAGGAGAAGAAAGCAAAAGCCUCCAAGAAGAAGAAACGCUCCAAGGCCAAAGCCGAGCGGGAAGCGUCCCCUGCGGACCUUCCCAUUGACCCGAACGAGCCGACGUACUGUCUGUGCAAUCAGGUCUCCUAUGGAGAAAUGAUCGGCUGUGACAAUGACGAGUGCCCCAUCGAAUGGUUCCAUUUCUCCUGCGUGGGGCUGAAUCACAAACCCAAGGGCAAGUGGUACUGUCCCAAGUGUCGAGGAGAGAACGAGAAGACCAUGGACAAGGCCCUGGAGAAAUCCAAAAAGGAGCGGGCGCACAGCAGGUAGUAGGUGGAGCCCGCGCAGCGGCGAGGACAGCGGCCGGCCGGUGUAUUUACUAUGUCGCCACCUGUGCUGAGGCGCAAGGACUGUACAUUGUAUAUUUUUCAAGAAUGUUAGAAAAGGAGCCAUUCCUUUUGCAGGGAUGGCGGUGAUUCUCUGCCUUUUGUUUUCAUUGGUACACACGUGUAACAAGAAAGUGGUCUGUGGAUCAACAUUUUAGAAACUACAAAUAUAGGUUUGAAUUAAACACUCAA